AUGCCGGCUAAGAAGAUUAUCAUUGAUACUGACCCAGGCAUCGAUGACAUCCUUGCUCUACUGCUAGCUCUGUCCUCUAAGCCAGAGGACCUUGAGGUUCUACUGAUCUCAUUGACAUUUGGAAACAUCGAAGUCAAGAACUGUUUACGCAAUGUGGUGUCCAUGUUCCAUAUCCUCGAGCGGGAGAUUCAAUGGCGCCGUGAUAAUGGCAAGCCAGAGGGCUAUGAUACCCUCCGUGCUUUCCGUCCGGUAGUUGCAGUGGGUGCAGAGGAUCCUUUGGAAGACCAGAAGAUGCUAGCAGACUACUUCCAUGGAACCGAUGGCCUUGGUGGCAUCCAUGCCACGCACCCUCAUCUCACACCCACGACCGCCUGGGAACAUCUUUUUGAUCCGGCAGUGGAUCCCGAGGGUAUCACACCAGUCCAGACAGGUGCCGUCCCUGGUGACCAUUCAUUCAUCCCCUCAAGACUUCCUGCACACAAGGAAAUCCUCCGGGUACUGCGUGCAAAUGAGCCCGAUACUGUGACCAUUGUCGCUGUUGGCCCACUCACCAAUUUGGCUUUGGCUGCAGCAGAAGACCCAGAGACCUUCCUCCGCGCGAAGGAGGUUGUUGUCAUGGGUGGUGCAAUCCAUGAACCUGGCAAUGUCACCCCGGUUGGCGAGUUCAACGCCUAUGCAGAUGCUGUCGCUGCCGCACGAGUGUUUGCGCUCACAUCCCCAAACCCCAACUCCACCUUGCCACUUACAACAAGCCCCUUAUUGGCACCCUACCCGGAAAAGCUCAGUAAGCAGUUGACCCUACGUCUUUUCCCACUGGACAUCACUCUGCGCCACAAUCUGUCCCGUGGUGAGCUUCGCGAAGCCGUCACUCCUCUUCUCGCCGCCGGUUCUCCUCUUGCUGAAUGGGUCACUGCAUUCAUGGGACAUACGUUCCGUACUUUGGAGCGUCUCCACCCAGGCCAAGUUGGGGAUUCUGCGGAGUUAAGUAUGCACGACCCGGUCUGUGUAUGGUACGCCCUUACUUCCGAGGAUCCUGAGUGGGCUCCUUCAGCCAACUCCCCCGAAGAUAUCCGUAUCGAGACACAGGGGCAGUGGACUCGCGGUCAGUGUAUAAUUGAUCGCAGAAGUCGCCACAAAAUCGAAGGCGAUGAAGAGAGCUCAAGCGACCAUGGCCUGUGGUUGAGUUCUCGGGCUGGUAACCGUAUCUUGCGGAUGGAUCAAUCACCUGCUGAGAAGACGUUUGGCAAGAUUAUGGUUGAUCGUCUGUUCAGUUAA